AUGGUGCCAAUAGAUUGUUGUUAUGUUGGUUCACAUAAUUCUGCCUUCUUGCAGCAGAUUGUGUUUGCAGUCGACUUGCACUCGAGAAGCUUCUUACAACUGCCUAGGCCAGCUGGUGUAGAUUUCCGUGCUUCAUGUUUUUGCCAUAAAAAACAAUCGAUAUGGGCUAUGUAUGUUCUGUUUGCUUGUCGAUAUUCUGUAAGCAUCAUGAUAAAUGUUCAACUUGUGGGUAAGUACUUUCCUUGGUCUUCUCCUACUGAUCUA